CCUGUGUUGUUAAUCCACAAAAUAUGAGCUAACAAAUAGCAAGGUAGUUUUGGAUUAACACAAACCAUCCACAAUGACAUUUAAUUUGUAAAGCCCAUUUUCUACCUCUAGUCGUCUAAACCCCAAUUGGUAGCUGUUGGUGGCAGUGGCGGUGGUGGCCGUUGGUGGUGAUGGGGAGUGAGACCACUGCACGAUCAAGAAAAGUAAUGGUGGUGGCAGACCCAAGCCGCGAAUCAGCAGGUGCGCUUCAAUAUGCACUAUCCCAUGUAGUUGUUGAGAAUGAUGAGCUCAUACUUCUCCAUGUCGAAAGUUCAUAUUCUUGGUGGAACACAUUUUCGUUCAGAAAGAUAUAUAGUCUAACGCCAGGUCCCAUGCCCAACUCAUCUGAAGGAGGCGGUGGAGUUGGGGAAGGUGACUUUCUUGAAGCAAUGCGGCAGGUGUGCCGGAUUGCCCAGCCAAAAAUCCCUGUUCGCUUAGAAAGGACUCAGUUAAUGGAGGAGACCAAGGACAAGGCGAAUACUAUCCUUAACAAAAGCAACCUGUUAAGGGUCGAUCUUCUUAUUAUUGGCCAGAGACGAGGUUUCUCAACUGCAAUAUUAGGCACGAGCAGGUAUAAACUGUCAGGAGGGUCGGGUACAAAGGGGUUAGAUACAGCGGAGUAUUUGAUUGAGAACAGCAAGUGCACUUGUGUUGCAGUGCAGAAAAGAGGACAGAAUGCAGGUUAUGUGCUCAAUACAAAAACCCACAAAAACUUCUGGCUCCUAGCAUGAUCAUUUUUGGUCAAUCUCACAAAAUUACUUGAAAAUCCUGCAAGCUUCAUAGAGAUGAUCACUUCCGAGGUCAGCUUCCUCUAUAGUGAUGGCAAUUGAUUCAAGAAGAAAUGCAUCGGCCAAUCAAGUGACUCCAGACCCAUUGCUCCCCCUAAGCCUCGCUUGUUUAUGACACAUACAAAUCAAUUUCAGAACUUGAGAUUGUUAAUCCUUUCAUUGCCAGAUUGAGUAAAACUUUUUAUUUAAGUUUUUUCUUUUCAUUUUA